AGCCCCCAGGCCGCCUUUGCUGAGCUGGCUGACGACGAGAAGAUCUUCAACGGGGGUGAUGGUGUGUGGCCGGGCCACGAGCAGGCGCUGCUUCCCGAGAUCACCGAGGAGGACCUGGAGGCCAUCCGGCUGCGCGAGGAGGCCAUCCUACAGAUUGAGAGCGACCUGUUAGAUGUGAACCAGAUCAUCAAGGACUUGGCCUCCAUGGUUUCAGAGCAAGGAGAGGCCAUUGGGUCCAGCAGCAGCAAGGCCUUGUGCGGGCGCAGCUCCAGCCCCGAGCCGGCCGUGGCAGCCCUGCUGCCCGGGCCAGGCCCCCACUCACGCACCAAAACGCGGAAGCCCAACUUCAGCCCCCAGGAGACGGAGGUGCUGGUGCAGAGGGUGACGCGCCACUACCCGCUGCUGUUCGGGGCGCUGCGGGGCCCGCCCGCCCGCAAACACCGGGUGUGGAGCAAGAUCCUGCAGGCGGUGAACGCGCUGGGCUACUGCCGCCGGGACCUGGGCGAUGUGAAGCACAAGUGGCGCGACCUGCGCGGGGUGGUGCGCCGGAAGCUGGCCGAGUGCCCCCGCACCCCCGCCGUCCUCACGCCCGUCGAGCGCAUGGUGGCUGAGACCUUCGCGGCCCCUGGCGCCCCCGGGGAGGGCCGUGCCGCCAAGCCCCUGCCAACUGACAAGGAGGACGAGGCCCCCGGCUGCCUGUGGCUCCCCCUGCGGACGCUGGAUGGGCCAAGCCCGCCCGAAGCCGACCCCCUGGACCCCCGAGGAGCCUUCCCUGUGGCCGCCUCCUCACCCUCCCCGCCUGCCUCCCCGGGCUCAGCGCCCCCAGCAGCUGCACUUCCUGGGCCCCCCCGGCUCUCACCGCCCACCUUGGCAGGAUCCCAGCCCUCUGGGAAGGCUGCAGGGGCCGAGGCCUUGGAGCUGGAGCGGCGGCUUCUGGACGCACAGCGGCGGCAGGGCGCCCUGCUCAGCGCCUGGUCCCAGCAGCAGAGCACGCUGAUGGCCCAGCAGAACCUCCUGCUGGAGCGGCUGACCGAGCAGAGCCAGCGGCUGGCCGAUGGCGUCGAGGCGCUCACCCAGACCCUGGGGAGGCUGGUGGAGGCCCUCCCGGCCCGGGGCGCCUCGCCCACCAGCCCAGGCGGCUCCCCGGGGGGCGGGACCGGUUGCAGGCAGGCCAGAGCCUCCCAGGGCAGCCGCACCGGUCCAGAGGCCUUCUCAGGGAUGAUCCUGAAAGUGGAGGAGGAAACCUAGGGUCCGAGCCCCAUGGGCCCUCGGCGGAGCCGGAGAGGACACGGGACAUCGCCAGCAUGCCCCUUCUGUCCUGCCAUUGCCUGUGGGCCCAGCGACCCCAGGGAGCACAGGAACGAGGUCUGCUCAGGGACAAUGUGGGGGAUGGCAGAGCCCCACCCUCCCAUCCGGCACGUGCACGCAGGCACAGCGCCUCCAGACCACCACCUGGCGCGUAGACCCUGGAAGUGUGCCUCAGCCGGGCACCCAGAAGACGCCCAGUGUGUGCCCCGGAGUGACUCCUGGGAGCCCCGCUGCUCUGCAGGUGUACAGACUGGGGUGGGGGCUGGGCCCCUGCAUCUUCUUGGUUUUGCCCCAAGGGACCCACGCCUGAGGGCCUGCGGUCAUUGUUUAUGUCUAUGAUGUGAGAUAUAUGUGUGCACACAUGUUCCUUGGUACUGGUUGGGGUGGGGUGCCAUUUUAUACCUACUGACUUUUUUUGGAAAAAUAUUUUUCUUACAUAAAUAUAAAAUAACAAAACGAAA